UAUAGAUACUACUACUAGAUCUUCCCUCGGCUGCAGGCAGCAGAGGCCAAACAGGCAGACACAACAGCCCCACUUGUUCCUGAUUUCGAAUGCAACUUAUCUUAAACCUCUAUACUUCCCUGUCUUCAUUUCGAUAUUACUUUGAAUACUUCAACCUACUCUACCACAACCAGUAUGGCAGACGGUAACCCACAUCGCGAAGACGAAGCGGCUGAGGAAGAGGAGGAGAUUGAUGAGACUAGCUACAGAUCAGUCAAAGAUGCAGUCCUCUUCGCAAUCGAUGUCAGCGAUUCCAUGUUGACGCCUCGUCCCUCAGCAGACCCUAAGAAACACACCCAAGAAUCACCCACUACGGCAGCGCUCAAAUGCGCCUAUCACUUCAUGCAACAACGAAUCAUAUCCAAUCCACAAGACAUGAUGGGGGUUUUGCUGUUUGGGACGCAGGCGUCCAAGUUCUUUGAAGAAGAUGAAGACGGUCGCGGAGACCUCUCCUACCCCAACUGCUACCUCUUCACCGACCUCGAUGUUCCUUCGGCCCAGGAGGUCAAAGAACUUCGGGCGCUGGUGGAUGAUGAUGGAGACUCAAGGGAGGUCCUAUCUCCGGCGAAAGAGCAAGUCUCUAUGGCAAACGUCCUAUUCUGCGCCAACCAGAUAUUCACAUCCAGAGCACCAAAUUUCCUCUCCCGGCGCUUGUUCAUUAUAACCGACAAUGACAACCCCCAUGGUGAUGAUAAAACCCUGCGGUCGGCGGCGACUGUACGUGCUAAGGAUCUUUAUGAUCUUGGUGUCACCAUUGAGCUGUUUCCGAUCUCACGUCCUGAGCAUGAGUUCAAGAACAGCAAGUUCUAUGACGAUAUUAUCUACAAGUCAUCGCCCAACGAUCCAGAGGCACCUGCGUAUCUGCAAUCUGAUUCAAAGGCGGCGACAGCGACCGGGGACGGGAUUUCACUCCUCAACACGCUUCUAUCCAGUAUCAACUCAAGAACGGUCCCGCGUCGCACUCAUUUUUCGAACAUGCCUUUAGAACUUGGGCCAGACUUCAGGAUCUCGGUAUCGGGCUAUAUACUCUUACGAAGGCAAGCGCCCGCUAGAAAUUCCUUCAUCUGGCUGAACGGCGAGAAGCCUGUAGUCGCGAAAGGCGUGACUACCCAUUCUGCAGAUGAUACUGGCCGUAACGUCGAGAAAUGGGAGAUCAGAAAGGCAUAUAAGUUUGGUGGAGACCAAGUAACCUUUUCGCCCGAUGAACAGAAGUCGCUCAGGGACUUCGGUGAGCCAGUGAUCAGGGUUAUAGGGUUCAAGCCUAUCACUGCGCUUCCAUUUUGGGCGAACGUCAAACACCCAUACUUUAUCUAUCCAUCCGAGGAAGACUAUGUAGGGUCGUCGCGAGUAUUUUCUGCAUUGCACCAGACGCUUUUGCGUAACAAGAAGAUGGCACUCGUCUGGUUCAUUGCGCGCAAGGGUGCUGGCCCCGUCCUCGCCGCUAUGAUCGCAGGCGAAGAAAAGCUUGAUGAGAAUGGCGUACAAAAGUACCCUCCUGGCAUGUGGAUUCUUCCCCUGCCUUUCGCAGACGAUAUUCGGCAAAAUCCUGAAACCACGUUGAAUGUCGCCCCGGAGUCAUUAAUCGAUCAGAUGCGCGUGGUCGUUCAACAAUUGCAGCUGCCAAAGGGGGUGUACGAGCCUCUCAGAUACCCCAAUCCAUCCCUCCAAUGGCACUACCGCAUCCUACAAGCUCUCGCCUUAGACGAGGAUCUCCCUGAGAAGCCAGAAGACAAGACUAUUCCCAAAUACCGCCAAAUCGACAAGCGCGCCGGUGAUUACGUAUUAUCUUGGGCCGAGGAACUCGAAAAACAACACGCCAAAACCUCAGCAGCGGCCCCUCACCCAACAAGCACCCUCGUGAAAAGAGGAUCCAAAGACCGAGCAAGCGAAACCGAAGACUCCAAACCUUCGAAGAAAGUCAAGGUCGAGGAGGGCUCCGGAAACCUAGAGGAAGAGGUCCGCAGGCAUCACGAGAAGGGGACGCUAUCCAAGCUUACGGUCGCCAUCCUGAAAGAUUUCUUGACCUCGAAUGGACGCUCCAAUGCUGGUAAGAAAGCGGAUCUUAUUGAGCGAGUAGAGGAGUUCUUGGAGCAGUAGUCAUGGCAGGAUUGUUGGAUCCGCUGUUUAAAACCCCUAAUGGUGGCUAUUCGUCAUCUGAUAGCAUGAGCUUGUAAUUAAUGGUGGGGUUGGAUGGUCGAGAUAGGAGUCCUUCAACAAAAACCAUAAUGGAAACCCUUUUUGGGCGAUGUACACUUUUUGUCCCAUUAAGAAUAUCGCAUCCGCUGGACUAGCGGGAUACCAUCAAAUCGCAGAGUAAUAGUAGAGACAUAAUCAUAUGAAAUCCUGAGGUCCAAGUACUUUUCCAAAACAAGCCGCUUAGAAUUCGGUUACCGAGGUCUUUAUCCUCAGAAAAAAUCCACUAGUGCAGCAGGUGCGCGUCUUUCCAAGUUCGAAUUAAUAUUGAAACGAUCGUAACAUAUCCAACCAGAUUCGCCGUUAACGAUAGGAGUCAGGUUUC